UUUAUCACCUGCAUCUAUGGAAUGUACUUAAAUAUUCGCUGGUCUGGGGUCUGAAAGGGGGCAAAAUGUGGGUAACUUGGAAAUUUAUAUCAAUACCUUGAGACUACUGUUCCCCUUUUCCCCACACCCCGGCAGUCUGAGCAGUCAGACUUCACUGUGACAAACCUGGGCCGCUGGCACUAAAAUGUCCCUAAGUGGUGGCACUGCAGGCGGGAAAGGUGUGGAUUCGAAUGCGGUGGACACUUACGACAGCGGUGAUGAGUGGGAUAUUGGUGUUGGAAAUCUGAUUAUUGACCUUGACGCUGACCUAGAGAAGGAUAAACUCGAGAUGUCUGGCACUAAGGAGGGAGGAGGAGCAACUGCGACACCCAGUGCUGUGGCAGCUCUGCCAGACAAUAUUAAGUUUGUUAGCCCUGUAACUGCCCCUCAGAGCAAAGAGAGCAAGUCUAAAUCAAAACGGAACAAAAAUUCUAAAGACAGUAGCAAAGCUCCAGCAGGGGAUGGAGCAAAAAAAGAAAACCAGGGACGAACCCAGGCGGAGGCCACUAGCACAGCAGGUAGUGUAGGAGGCGCAAACAACUCCAUACCUGCCAAAUGUAUCGAGAAGAGUGGUAAAGCUCCUCGAGUUGUAGCAAACAGUAAAAAAGAAAAGGAAAUUUCUAGCGGGAAAAACAAGAAGGAAAAAAGCGAAGGAGGACCAGUGGCAGUGGUUGCCAUUGAUAAGGAGGUUGUUCCUCAAGCACUUGGAGGUACACGAAGCUCCUCCUGUGAGAGUACACAAAAUGCAGACUUGACUGUGACAGAGCAGCAUGGAAAUAAUGUCCUGGAAUCUGCUUCCCCAUUGGCCAUAAAAACAGAGCCUGAAGAAUUGGAUAAUUGCGAAUGUAGAGCACUGAAGAAGGUGAAAAAUGAAAAGAUGGACUCGCCGGUGUCUACACCUGCCCCUCCCCCACUCCACCUCUUGGCCUCUGUGGGAAAUACUGACAUCGCCUCACCAUGUGAGCAGCUCAUGGUGCGCACUCGCUCCGUGGCUGUCAACACCUCUGAUGUAGCGCUGGCCACCGAGCCUGAGUGCCUAGGGCCCUGUGAGCCAGGCACCAGUGUCAAUCUGGAGGGCAUUGUGUGGCAGGAGACAGAGGAUGGUAUGCUGGUUGUGAAUGUUACAUGGCGAAACAAGACUUAUGUUGGUACACUGUUGGAUUGUACCAGGCAUGACUGGGCUCCUCCCAGGUUCUGUGAAUCUCCAACAAGUGACCUGGAGAUGAAGAAUGGUCGUGGCCGGGGAAAAAGAAUGCGGCCCAAUAGUAACACACCUGUGAAUGAAAAUAGCAACUCCUCUGACAACAAGGGCAGCAACAACAGCAAGACACGAGCUGGUUCCAACAGCAAAGGUCGGCGAGGCAGUCAGAAUUCCUCAGAGCGACGGACACCUCCCAACAGUAAUACGGAGGAUGUUAAAGCCAGCCCUUCUUCUGCUAGCAAGCGCAAAAACAAGCCUGCCUCAGACAUGGAGCCUAACUCUAGCUCCGAGGACACUAAAGGCAAUAAACGAAUGCGCACCAAUUCUCACAGCGGUGUGGCCCUGUCUUCUCUCUCUACACCCUCUAUCAAGACAGAAUCUCUUCCUCCUCCUCCAGACCGCAGCUGUCCUUCACCAGUCCUUAUCGACUGCCCGCACCCCAACUGCAACAAAAAGUACAAGCACAUCAAUGGCCUGAAGUACCACCAGGCACGUGCUCACAAUGACGAUGAUAUCAAGCUGGAGAUGGACGGGGACAGUGAGUAUGGAGAGGACUCUACUCUGCAUCCAGAGCCAGGGAAUUGUAAUGGAGCCUCGGUCUCACAGAAAGGCUCAUUCUCGCCAGCACGCUCUGUCACUCCUAAAGGCAGAGGGUUCGAAGCUCAGAGCCCAUCUCCUUCCCCUGGUAAAUUUGGUUCCAAGCCACAGAACAAGAAAAAGAAUGGUGAACCUGAUGCUGACGCUUGUGGCACACCCAUGGAUGGUUGUGAAGAUGGACCAUGCCUCACAGAUGAGGCCAGCAAUGAUGGCAUGGACGAAAAGAGGACCAAAAAGUCCAACAGCAGUGCCAAAUCUGACAAGCUGGCACAGAAAAACAUAAAAUGCUCUAGACCAGUUGCUCCCUCUCAACAGAUGUACACUUUACAGGGAACAUCUUUUCAUCCAGGAGGCCCUAACCCACCUCCAGGUAUGGCCUCUGUGAUGCAGGGCAUUCCCAAGAGCCCCCAACUUAAAACCAUACAAUCUAAGCCUGGCGUGACUGUAGACCCUUCUUCCAUUAAUCCAGCUCUUAGUGCCUCUAAGGACAAAAAGAAAAAAGACAAGAAAAAGAAAGAUCCUGGUAAAGAGACAGACAGCCCCAGGCCCCCAGGUAAAGUGGGGAGAAGUGAAGAUGGGAAGAGCCCGUACUCGGAGUCUUCUGAUCCUGGGACCAGAAAUGAAGGGUUUCUCAAUGGCUCCUCUGAUUCCCACCAGAGUCGUCUGGCCAGUAUCAAGGCUGAAGCAGACAAGAUAUACAGCUUCACAGACAAUGCUCCCAGUCCAUCCAUUGGUGUUGCUAGUCGAAUGGACAGUGGUGUUGGACAGCCACUCACUCCACUCCAUUUGGUUAAUCAGAAUGGUGCUGACACCUCUUCAGUGAAAACCAACAGCCCUGCAUACUCUGAUAUUUCUGAUGCUGGAGAAGAUGCUGAGGGAAAAAUAGAUGGGAUGAAAUCUAAGGUAGAAGACCAGGCCAUGAGAGAGGGAGCCAAGAAAGCUCUCUUCCUGGCACAGGCUCCCAGUAAGGAGUCUCCGUAUUAUCCUAGCUAUGAGAACUAUUACUCACCCAAUUUCACCCACCCUAGCCCUGGUGGUACCAAUACAAGUGCUCCCCUGACAGAAGGCCAGUCUGUAAAGGUGAAGAAAGAGGAUGAACAUGAACAAAAUGAGGAAAAGGUCAAGCUGGAGGCCCAAGAGGACCGCAAAGUGGAAAAUACCACGAGUCAGCAGCAGCAGCAACCAUCUGUCAUCCAGCAACGCUCCAACAUGUACAUGCAGCCUUUGUAUUACAACCAGUACUAUGUCCCCCCUUAUGGGUAUCCAGACCAGGUCUAUCACAACCACCUGAUGAACACCAACCCUGCUUACCGACAGCAGUAUGAGGAAAGGCAAAGACUGAUGGCAGAGCAGCACAGGGCCUCUGAGAAGAAACCUGACACUGGUCUAAAGGAUAGGGAGGUCUCCAUGAAAGAAGAGUGGAAACAGAAGCCCUCGAUUCCCACUGGACUUGCGAAGAUGCCAAGUAUGUCUGACCUCGGGAAACCACAGGCCCCUGGAAAGCAAAGAGACCCCUCUGAGCCAACCAAGUCUGUUAUCAUCCCAAAGGGGGAAGAGGCUAAACUUCAGCCUCAACAGGCCGAGGGCUUGAAGAUGAAGCUUGCUGAUAGCAGCCAUCACGGCAAAGAUGACCCAAAACCAGGUGCAGAGUCUGCAAGGCCAGGGAUGGAGCAAGCCAUAUGGUACAGACAGUUCCCAGAGAGCCAGAGGCAGUUAGACGAGGAACGAGAUCGGGAACGCGAAAGGAAAGUAAAGGAAGAGAGGCCUCGGGCAAAGGAGAUUACCUCAAAAGAAGAGAACAAAGAGGGUUCUGAAACCCGAACGUCUGCUCCGUCUUCAGAGGACCACCGUGGUGCAGGAAAGGACCACAGGCCUAAUUCCCAUAUUCCAUUCUCCUCUUCCCUUCCACAGCACCAGUCAUAUAUGCCAUAUAUGCAUGGUUAUGCCUAUGGUCAAGGUUAUGAUCCAAACCACCCUGGAUUCAGGGGGAUGCCCUCCGUCAUGAUGCAGAAUUACCCAGGUUCCUAUCUGUCAGGCUACUCUUUCCCACCAUAUGGAAGUAAGAUGGGCAAUGGUGAAGAAGGGGAGAAAUCUCGUGCCAGCCCCACCGUAAGCAGCAAGACUGCCUCAGAGUCCAAGGCCCUUGACAUCUUACACCAACAAGCCAACCAGUAUAAAAGCAAGUCGCCCACAGUCAGUGACAAGCCACCUCACGAGAGAGAGAGGGGAACAGGGGAACGGGAACGGGAGCGAGAAAGGGAAAGGGACCUGGAUCGACCGCGCUCAUCUCCUUCUCAGCGCAUCAUGCCAACACAUCACCACCUAGGCUAUCCUCUUCUCUCGGGACAAUACGAUCUCUCUUAUGCUGCAGGCCUUUCAUCGUCUGCCAUUGUUGCCAGUCAUCAAGCUUCAGCCCCCUCCUUGUAUCCACCAGCACGGAGGUGAGAAUGGGAGACCUGAUUGCUUCACCUCUCGUUCACAAAUAUACAUGUGACUGGAUCACAUGGGGAAAUAUAUGGAGUUCAUUUAGACAUCAGUUGAAUGGUGUUUCUAUAUUUUUAGUUUUCUGCCAGAAUGUGUGGCAGAUCGCUGUUUUCCUAGUGUCUGUACCUCGUACCAUACUGCGGACUGUGAGACCAGGUUCAAAGCCAUUCAUCUCUGCUGAAAAUCACUGGCCUCUGAACUCUGAGAACUUUUUGAAGAGUCAGUCAUACAAACUGAUGAUUAAUACUGUUGGGGAGGUCCCCUCACUGACAGUAUCUUUACAGAGAUUUGGUAUGGGUUGGAGGGUGAGAUGAAAAGACUGAAGAUAGUUUAUCACCUUGCAAUGUUUGAAGAUGUUGCCCUUUUCUCCUUGUGUGCAUCCUCACAUUAAAAAUUGUGUUAAGUAAUGUGAACCAUUUCUGGUUGUUCUCUAAUGA